AUGGCAGCACGAAAGAGGUGCUUGGGUGGCCGUGACCUCUUUAUCUCUUCUCCAUCUGCAGGUAACCUCUCUAAAACCUGCACAGCCGACGGCUGGACUGAGAUGCGUCCUGUUGACAUUGCUGUGAACUGUGGAUACAAUCUCAACGGCACAAGCGAUGACGAAAAGUUUUUCUGGCAGGUGAAGAUUGGCUACACCAUUGGCCACAGUGUUUCACUCAUCUCUCUCACUACAGCUAUUGUGAUUCUCUGUAUCUUCAGGAAGCUCCACUGCACAAGAAACUACAUCCACAUGCAUCUGUUUGUGUCAUUCAUCCUGAAGGCCAUCGCUGUGUUCAUCAAGGAUGUGGUUCUGUACGAGGUCGGGGAGGUGGACAACUGCUCCUCAGGCUCUGUUGGCUGCAAAGCCGUGAUUGUGUUCUUCCAAUAUGGUGUAAUGGCCAGUUUCUUCUGGCUGCUGGUGGAAGGCCUUUAUCUUCACGCACUGCUGGCUGUCUCUUUCUUCUCUGAGAGGAAGUACUUUUGGGCCUACAUUCUCAUCGGCUGGGGAGGUCCAACAAUUUUCAUCACAGCCUGGAGCAUUGCCAAAGCUUACUACAAUGAUGUGGGGUGCUGGGAUAUAAUCGAGAACACGGAUAUGUUCUGGUGGAUCAUUAAAACCCCUAUUUUGGCAUCAAUACUGAUGAACUUUAUUCUAUUCAUCUGCAUCAUCCGGAUACUUCGCCAGAAGAUCAACUGCCCAGAUAUCGGAAGAAAUGAGUCCAACCAGUACUCGAGGCUGGCAAAAUCAACGCUGCUUCUGAUUCCUCUGUUUGGGAUCAAUUUCAUCGUGUUUGCAUUCAUCCCGGAGCAAGUGAAGACUGAGCUGAGGCUAGUUUUUGACUUGAUUCUGGGAUCAUUUCAGGGUUUCGUGGUCGCCGUUCUUUACUGCUUCCUCAACGGAGAGGUCCAAGGAGAGAUCAAGAGGAAGUGGCGGAGAUGGCAUUUGCAGAGAUACAUGGGCUCAGACACCAAAUACCAACACCCGUCUAUUGGCAGCAGCAACAACUUCAGCACCCAGAUCACCAUGCUGUCGCGAUACAGCCCGAAAACACGCCGCGGUUCGUCCUCCUGCCACGACGACUUGUCAAGCAUAUAAAAACACAGACCAACACGCCAUCCAAAUUGCUCUCAUGCCAAACAUUAGGGAGAUGUGCAAACUCUACGAAGAAAAGAUACACACUCCCUCAUUAGCACAUGCAGG